AUGGAUAUUGAUAUCAGUGAGUCAUCCAGUCAUUUUUCUACUUAUCGCGCGUUUUACAGAAGAAUCGGAGCUACAAGCGCGAAGCCGAAUCGUCAAGAAUCACCUAACUGUAAGAGAACCCCAUGAGACCUUUUAAAAAAUAUUUUCAGGAAAGAAACAACUGCAUAGUUCUGAAGAUUGACACACACAUGAGCAAGGUGGAAGAUAUGUCUCCCUUCGGAUUUCACUUUGAAUUUGACCCCAGAAAGUACAAGAAAAGGAAGAAAGAGAUACGGAAGCAACGUUUGUAACCGCAAGAAGCUUAACAAAGUCUUUAAAAUUCCAGAAAUCACCCGAUUUUUUGCCUGGCUUGCCUAUUACCAUCACAAGUUCGGAAUCCGUCAUAUUACCCUUGUUUCUCUGCUUGUCGGCUACGUAUUUUUGGGUGGUUUCAUGUUCGAGAGAUUGGAAUCACCGAGAGAAUUAGAGGUAAAACUGGCUGAUAUCUGAUAUAAUUAUCAGUUCGUUUUAAAGGAUUUGAAAGAAACGAUUGUACUGAUGCAAGGAAUUAUCGACGAGGAAACUAGUGAUAUCAUAAACAUCACUUUGAGUACAAACGGAACAGAGCGGGUAAACAAACUCGCUAAGUUGAUAAAAGUGAGAAUAGACUUUGGGAAAAAGGAAAGAAAAACAAAUAGGAACAUUUCCAGCGGUAUUACAAAACAAUGUUAGAAGCGGAAGGGAGGUUUCAUGGAAGUGUGUGGCACAAGGCGGAAAACUUGGAUAUGCAUCUCAUGUGGUACUUCUCUUCGGCCACUUUCUAUUCAAUGACACUUUUCUCCACUAUUGGAUAUGGUAGCACAUCAAUGUGGUCAACAUCAAAUGUUUUCUUUGAGGUACGAUAUCGUGUCAAACAUUCUGGGGCAGAACACUCUCCAUUAUCUACGCUUCAAUCGGUUUGCCGAUCAUGCUCGUGGUGCUCGGAGACAUUGGAGAAUGGUUCCAGAAAGUUCUCACUAAUGGCUACACGUUUUUGCUGUUCAAGUAUAAGUGAGUUCUUCCGUUUUCUUCACUUUUUCUCCAAAGACUGCGUCUCAGAAAGUUACGUCAUCAGCAAAUCAAGAAGAAAAGAAACGAGAUCCUCCUUCCCAUGUGGCUUGCUCUGUUCCUAGUGCUCGCGUACAUUCUGAUUUGUACUCUAACAAUAAAAAUCUUCGAUCACAACGAAGGAAAUAAGCCAGGUGCCACGGCUCAAACGGGGUCUCUUUUGUGAGUCCCUUGUUUUCAGGAAUCGGCUUUUUUGACGCCUUCUAUUUCACAUUCAUCAGUCUGACCACAAUUGGUUUGGGGGAUGUCAUGCCAUUCAAUAUUCAAGUAGGCUGUUUUCAUUUUUAAACGAACAAUUGUAAUUUUCUGAUUCGUUCAGUAUUCUCCUUUUCUGGCAGCCGCAUUUUUGCUCGGUUUGGCGCUCAUUUCAAUUGUGAACACAUCAAUCUACGCUCAGUUGUAUCAGAUGUUUUUCAAUAUAAUCAACAAUGUGGAAGAGCAAUUGGAUAAUAUACAUAAUUCGAACAAUAAAGGCCCUGGGUAUAGGGUCUUUCAGGUGCAGCUCUAUGUAUUAUAGUUCUCUCUCAAUGUUUUUUUCCAGGAUUUGGAGCCUGUAAUUCGCAUGUUGGUGUGUACUUUUCCUCCGUCCCAUCCUCGACAACGAAUUCAAUUUGCAACUCAAAUUCGUGACUCGUUCAGAAAACGAGCGAGCAACACGAGUGACGUAAGUUUCGUUUUCGAUUUAAUUUCCUUGAGCAUCUUCGAAAUUGUUUCUUUCGGUCGUCGCAGAGUAUUGCGUAUUGCAGCAAAUUAAAUUGCGAACAAGAACCGAAUCGGAUAUACCAGUGCAUGACGGACUUCAUCUGUGGAUGACGAAACGCGCGAAAAAGCGUCAAAUGGAACAAGAGGAAACGGAAGCGGCGGCGGCCAGAAGACGUGCACCGACUCUGGGGGCGUUUGGCGGAUUUGACCUAAGCCUUUUCUCGUAAGAUUCAGCACAAUUUGACUGGUGAAAUACGACUCUCGAGCUUCAUUUGUUUACGAAAUUUGUUAUGCACACCCACACAUCACCUGGAGAACGAGUAGUGGAUGAUGCUUCAUGAUUCAUCGAUUUUAUUACAGACCGCGAGGACGAGCCAAUACAUCUCCGUUCCGACGAAAUGACUCAGCUGAAACCGAGGAGAGCGACCUGGAAUGA